GCCAAAAUUCGCCCACUUUAAAAGCCAAAUUCUCAAAACCCCAUUUCGUCCCCUACAGUUUCCCUCCUAGUUUUCUCAGUUUCCCUCUUUCUUUCUCUCUCUGCUUCUCUGAAAACCAGAGAAGCUCAUGCUCUCAAACCUCUAGUUGCAUAUAUGAAUCCAAUAUUUCUGUAACCUUUUUCUUUUGUGGGUUUUGUAUUGUAUAUGAUUUUAACAAAUGGCAAUCGAUCACUUAAAAGAGGAACAGAGUUUCAAGAAGGUCCAGUCAUUUUUCGGUCCGGAAAUCCCAGAAUCGGAUAUUUUACGGGCGCUUUCGAAAUCCCACUACGACCCAGAUGCGGCAAUGAAGUUCAUCCUCAACAACGCUAAGCCUAUAACCACUAUGCGGACUGUCACUAGCACUGGUGCUCGGAUUUCAACCCAGAUAAAGCAAGAGGUCUCAAAUGAACAAGAAGAGAGCCAUUUGCUUCAUAGAUCGAAAUCGAUAAGCCCAAAGUCAAGAAUGGAGUUAAGAAUGGCGGAAUUCGAUGAGUUUGUUCGGGCUACGAGUGCAAAAAGUAAUGUCAACGGAAGAAUAUCUCGAUACCCAGAUGAAAGAAGAACUUGUUUGAGGAUCGGAGUAUGCUGAAUCGCUUUGUGGGUUGAGUGAAAAGAUUCGGGUCAAGGAGGAAAAUGGUAUUGAUAUCGAGAAUGACAAUGAGCAUCUGAACAAAAUAGGGGUCUUAACGAGUGAAGUUGGUCCUGAAGAUGAAUGUUUAAAUGCCCAAGUGAAACAACAGGAAUCAGUGGUGCUGGUGUCUGUAAAAGCUGAGCCGGUUAACGAGUACAAACCCACUGUGGCAGUAAAAGAAGAACAUGCUUCGAGGGUUGAGCAAAAGGUCUCUGUGAAUGAAGAAACGGUUAGUAAUCAACCGCGGCCAUUUGAUGAUUGUAAAGCGAUGCGUGAGAAGUUUAUGAAGAAUAGAGAACAAACAGGCUCGAAGAAACCCUCUGAUGUGAAGAAGGAAAGAGCUAAGAUCCAGUUUUGAAUUCUCUUCCAGUGGAGGAUGGGGACUUCCCUGAAGAGCCUGGUUGGUUUUUGGUGGGAAGAACAGUCGUCACUGCAAUUUCAACAAGCAAAGGUGGGAAAUUGGUGGACAAUGAGAUUGUCUAUUUUUCUUUUCCUACCUCAAUUGGCAAAUUCAACUCCAUUGUUCGCUUUGCAACAAAGCGAUUUGGGGAGUUUUCAGAUUGGUCGACUUCCAAUGGAGUGGACAAAAUGUGUUGUUCCUCUUGUAAAUUCUGGUAAGGUUGAACUUAAUGCGCGUUGUGUAGCUGCGCCACCAGUUCUCUUCAUGAUGCAAGACAUCAUGUUGUAUGUGAGCUUUUAUAUACACCAUUCAAUAUUUACGGAUGUUGACAUGUAUUCUUGGAAGCUAAAUGCUUCAAACAUCGACUCCACGGUUUAUCCUCUCCUCACUCUCUUCAGAUUGCUGAAAAUAAGACCGUAUCAGAACGCUGAGUUCACCCCAGAGGAACUUGAUUCUCGGAAGCGCCUACUAAAUUUAGAAGUAUGUGGAGCUACUCUCUUGUUCAUUUUACAUUUCUUCGACAUUAUAAUCUGCAUAGUUUAAAUGAAAUGCUCUUGCCUUUCGGUGUUAUAAAUGUUGAAUGAAUGAAUGUAUAACUUAUUCUUUCAAUUCUAUUUAUUUUACACCUCAUGAAUAAAUAAAUAAAUCAUUUUGAA